AUGAAAACUUAUGCAGUUGCAUGGGUGAAUCAUCAUCGAAAGCUUUCGUCUCAUGUCGAUUCAGAGGGAAAUACAAAUCCGACAUGGAAUGAUAAAUUCGUUUUCAGGGUUGAUGAGGAAUUUCUUCGUCGGGAUACUUCUGCUGUUAUGAUUGAAGUUUAUGCCGCACAUUGGUUCCGGGAUACCCUCGUUGGCACUGUUCGGAUCCUCGUAGGAAACCUAAUUCCGCCACGUACUCAUCCGCACCGCCGCCGUCAACCCUUUGGUGGAAUGCGGUUUGUUGCACUUCAGGUACGCCGACCUUCGGGACGACCACAGGGAAUAUUGAACAUUGGUGUGGCCUUACUAGACAGUUCAAUGAGGAGCAUGCCAUUGUACACACAAUGCGCUUCGGCUGUUGGAUUUCGUGAUUUGAUGGACGACCCGAAUCUCAAUAACCAUCGUCAAAACAACGACGACGAACACAACAAUAAUCAGGCACCGACUCUCAAGCCUAUACUGCGUCGCUCAAAAAGUGAACGUAGCGAGCUCAUACACUUGGACAAUUAUUCUGACACAAACAGUUCCCUGGUUGCAAUCCCAAAAAAGAUGGGGUCUAGAGGAAAUGGCGGGUCGACAUUGGAAGCUGGGGAGACUACUACUAAGAGCAAGAAUAAGAAAGGCAAGGCGAGUUCGGUUAUCAGUGGCGCAGAGCUUCGGGAGAAACCGAAACAGAAAGGUAAGAAAGGAAAGGCAAGUUCAGUGGUAAGUGACUCAAUUGUUAGCAAAGAAACCUCUGUUUAUGGCAAGAUUUCGAAGCCAGAUUUGAAGAACAAAGGCCAAGAAAACGUGGACAAAAAUAGCGAAAAACCAAGGAAGGAAUUGAAUGGCGCCGCACAAGCAAACAAGGUGUUUGAUGAGAAACUAGGUAAGAAAGUUGGGGGGCAAGCUAUAGAGAAACUACCAGUAACAACCAUUGGAAAGCCUGUUUCAAAGUUCAAUGGAUACGAGAAUGUUGGUGCACCAAAGGGUAGCAAAUUUGUGAUAGGAGCACCAUUCAAAGCUCAUUCGAUUAUUUCUGACUCGGAAGUCGGCCCCCCACCAUCUGAGGUGGCUGCAAUGAUGGCUGAAAGGAAGUAUCCUUUGGAUGAUAAUCAGAGCUCUGUGUUGGAUGGUUGGAGCUUAGAUGAAAGUGUCGAAGGGCUUAAAUCCAAGUUGGAGAGGUGGCGAAUGGAGCUGCCACCGCUGUAUGAUCGAGGCUUCUCUACGAGUAGCUACCAAUCGAGGUCAAGUGCUCGGCCAACCCGAAGGAAAUCUGAUAGUAGCAUUGGCUUAUUCUCAUGCUUUGGUAACAUCUGUGGGUAUGAGUGCCAAUGCGUUUGUGGUAAGCCUCCCGGGAGGAGUAUGAGCUCAACUAGGUUCCGUAGCCCAGCUACAACACCGGGUCGAUCAUACCUUUGA